AUGGCGAGCAACCUUUUUUCUAUGAUCACCGUUUUCUUGUUGUGCGCGGCGGUGGUGGAAUCAGGGAUAGGAGUGAACUGGGGCACUGUGGCGCUGCACAGGCAUGUUGCAGUAGGAAACGAGCCCUUUCUUACUAGCUAUUCUGGCCAAUAUCAAUCGUAUGUUUUCCCUGCUCUGACUAAUUUGCAACGGUCUUUAGCCAAAGCAAAUCUUGCACGCAGGGUAAAGCUGGUUGUACCUUGCAAUGCUGAUGCUUACGUGUCUUCUCUGCCAUCACAAGGAGCUUUUCGACCCGAACUCGCCCAAAUCAUGACACAGAUCGUUUCCUUCCUGAGUUCUAAUGGUUCACCAUUUAUCAUCAAUAUUUAUCCCUUUUUCAGCCUGUAUGGGAACUCCGACUUCCCUCAAGAUUAUGCAUUCUUUGAGGGUACAACACACCCUGUGGUGGAUGGACCAAACAUUUACUACAAUGCGUUUGAUGGAAAUUUCGAUACUUUACUUGCAGCCCUCAGCAAAAUUGGGUAUGGUCAUAUGCCCAUCGUUAUCGGGGAGGUGGGGUGGCCUACAGAUGGGGCUCUCAGUGCAAAUCUUUCUGCUGCAAAGUUGUUCAAUCAAGGUCUCGUGAAUCGUGUUCUUAGCAAAACAGGAACCCCUCUCAGGCCUGGUGUGCCGCCUAUGGACAUUUAUCUUUUCGGUCUCCUGGACGAAGAAGCUAAAAGCGUACUUCCAGGGAACUUUGAGAGGCACUGGGGCAUAUUCUUUUUUGACGGGCAGGCAAAAUACUCGCUAAACCUUGGCAGUGGAUUAUUAAAGAAUGCAAAAAAUGUUCAUUACCUUCCUUCUAGAUGGUGUGUGGCAAAUCCGACCAGGGACCUUGCUGGUGUCGCUAAUCACUUCAGACUUGCUUGUAGUUUUGCUGAUUGCACAACACUCAACUAUGGAGGAUCUUGCAAUGGUAUUGGGGAGAAGGGAAAUAUUUCUUAUGCAUUCAACAGCUACUAUCAGUUACAAAAACAGAAUCCUCGGACUUGUGAAUUUGAUGGGCUUGGGAUGGUUACUUCCCACGAUCCUUCAGUCGGUGAUUGCAGGUUUCUUGUCGGGGUUACAGAUGGUAAGUCGCUGGGUUUCAGGUCAAAUAGUGGAAAGAUCAUAUCAUCACUGAUUAUUUUUUGGGGGAUUUGCACGUUCCUCGUGUAA